AUGCGUACCUACGACGAUACCUUCAGCGCCACCAAGAUCUACCCGGGCAAGGGCAAGCUCUACGUCCGCGGUGACAGCAAGGUCUUCCGCUUCCAGAAUGGCAAGACCGAAUCCCUCUUCUUGCAGCGCAAGAACCCCCGCAGAAUAGCCUGGACUACCCUCUACCGACGUAUGCACAAGAAGGGUAUCUCUGAGGAAGUCGCCAAAAAGCGCACCCGCCGCACAGUCAAGCACCAGCGCGCCAUCGUCGGCGCCUCUCUCGACGUCAUUAAAGAGCGCCGCAACAUGCGUCCCGAGGCCCGCACCGCUGCCCGUCAACAAUCCAUCAAGGAGUCAAAGGAGAAGAAGGCCGCAGCGGAGAGCAAGAAGAAGGCAGAGAAGGCGAAGACCGCGGCGAAUGCGGCUAAGGGUGGUGUGCGGGGCGGGAUUGCAAGUAAGCAGGGUGCGAAGGGGAGUGCGCCGAAGGUUAAGGCUACGACUCGAUAA